GUGACUAGGGUUCUAGCUAUCUGCUAUAAAAGGAAGCACCACGCCAAAAAUUUCUGUUCUCUCACUAAUCUGCACGACCUGGUUCGCGAAACCAGGGCAGCUGACUCCCUCAAAACCUAGAAAAUCUCUGUAAAUCUCUUCACUUGCUCUCUUCAGAUCUCUCUCCACAUCAAUAACUAUGCCUCCCAAGUCCUCUAAGUCCAAGGAAGCCCCCGCCGAACGACCCAUCCUCGGUCGUUUCUCAUCUCAUCUCAAGAUUGGCAUUGUUGGAUUGCCAAAUGUAGGCAAAUCAACACUUUUUAACACACUCACAAAGCUGGCAAUACCUGCGGAGAACUUCCCUUUUUGUACCAUUGAGCCAAAUGAGGCCCGGGUUAAUAUCCCUGAUGAGCGGUUCGAAUGGCUUUGCCAGCUGUACAAGCCGAAAAGCGAGGUAUCAGCUUUUUUAGAAAUCCAUGAUAUAGCUGGACUUGUUCGAGGUGCUCAUCAAGGACAAGGGUUGGGGAACAGCUUCUUAUCUCACAUCCGUGCAGUUGAUGGAAUUUUUCAUGUUUUACGUGCCUUUGAAGAUCCAGAUAUCAUCCAUGUUGAUGAUUCUGUUGAUCCUGUGAGGGAUUUAGAGGUUAUUAGUGAAGAAUUAAGGCUGAAGGAUAUUGAAUUUAUUGAAAAGAGGAUAGAGGAUGUUGAAAAGAGCAUGAAGAGGAGUAAUGACAAGCAGUUAAAAAUAGAGCUUGAGCUUUGUCUAAAGGUUAAAGCUUUUCUUGAGGAUGGAAAAGAUAUUCGUCUAGGGGACUGGAAAGCUGCAGAUGUUGAAAUCCUGAAUACUUUUCAAUUGCUUACUGCCAAGCCAGUUGUUUAUUUGGUUAACAUGAAUGAGAAAGAUUAUCAAAGAAAAAAGAACAAGUUUCUGCCCAAGAUUCAUGCUUGGGUGCAGGAACAUGGGGGUGAAACAAUCAUCCCUUUCAGCUGUGCUUUAGAGCGCAAUCUUGCUGAUAUGCCAGAGGAUGAAGCUGCAAAAUAUUGUGAGGAGAACAAGGUACAAAGUGCCCUUCCAAAGAUCAUAAAGACUGGAUUUUCAGCGAUUAAUCUCAUCUACUUUUUCACGGCAGGCCCUGAUGAGGUGAAGUGCUGGCAAAUUCGCCGCCAGACAAAGGCUCCUCAAGCUGCAGGGACUAUCCACAGUGAUUUUGAGAGAGGUUUCAUUUGUGCUGAGGUAAUGAAAUUUGAUGACCUGAAAGAACUUGGUAGUGAGGGGGCUGUUAAGGCUGCUGGGAAGUAUAGACAGGAGGGGAAGACCUAUGUGGUCCAAGAUGCAGACAUAAUAUUUUUCAAGUUCAAUGUUUCUGGUGGAGGGAAGAAAUGAACCAGCCAUGUAUCUUCACCAACCUGAGAUGAGUUAUUAAGUUUAAUUAUUUAAAUAUGCCAAAGCUUUUAGCUGUUUGUAUAAGCUUUUUGUUCUUCACCAUAUUCUCAUUAUAAGUUGAUAAAUAUUACAAAUUGAUUGUGAACUACUAAAGACUGCAGAGUGCCGGGUAUUUGGAUUCUAAAAACAGCUUUGACCUUGGUAUGCAAUUUUCCAGAAUGAUCAUC